AUGCUGGCAUUUUCUGUUCUCUUCCUCGCAGUGUGGCUACAGUCAUGCUGGGCCCAAAAUCCAUGUCCAGCUGUAACCCAGCACUUGACUGACCCUCCUUAUGACAACUACUUCUACUCGGACUGCCACAGUGACUCGCAAGCCGUGGUCACCAGUCCACUUCCCGACUCGAACCUGACUAUAAUCGGCCCUCGGCUGAUCAUUGCCUGGCCUGCCGGCAACAGCGGUAUAUGCACCUUCUGCCAGCCUCAGAAUGGUCCGAAUGGAUCUCUGGCCAUAGAGCUCGUCAAUUCCACUGUAGGGACGCCAUUGGGUCCGGUUUACAGAACGACCCAAGGCUCGGCAAAUCCGUUUGUUGGUGUCCAGGGAGUCAUCUCAUUCAACACCUCGGCCACAUUAACCAUCCCAAUACUGGGCAGUAUUAGGACUAUCCGAGAUUUCACAGAGGGCCCGAGUCUUCUUCGCCCGGUUAUUCAGGACGCCGUCAAUAUCACACGGUCGAAUGGAACCGGAGCAACCCUCUCGCGACUUUGGCUGGACAAUGUCACCACGACCACUUUCACCAUGGUCCCAUACCAGAACCCAGGUUCCAAUAUCACGAUAAACCAGCGGAACAAGACCAUCAGUUUCGGUGCAGGGUUCUAUCUGUUUUCUGCAAGCUUCAACUACCCACAACUGACGCAGCUCCCGCAAAGCCGAGUCCUGAACACCGCCUCGCAGAACCUAAUCACUCAACAGCCGGAUCAAACAACCUCGCUUUCGUUUCUUUCCUAUACUGAAAAGUUGCUUGCGGGAGCAUGGAGAUUCCUCACCUAUUUCGGUCGCGACAGCAUGAUCAGCGCUCUGCUCCUGGAACCAGUGUUGAGUCAAGGCAAUGGUUCCGCGACAGAAGCCGUGAUUGGGGCCGUUCUCGAGCGACUCAACCGGAGCGACGGAUCUGUCUGUCAUGAGGAGACCAUUGGUGACUAUGCAACCUACCUGAACUUGCAGGACAAUGUCACCAGCACUGCGCCCGGUUUUACAUACCCAAUGAUCGACACGGACUACUACCUCCCGGUCCUCAUGGCGCAAUACUUCAACAGCAGCCCAUCUCGCAUCGGUCCUCUCCUGAGCCGGAAGGCAGGCUCGAUCGAUGUCCAGAAUCGCAAUCUGACAUAUCAAGACUUGGCGCUCAUCAACGCAGAGAAGAUCAUGAACAUCACUGCUGCGUUCGCGCAGAACCAGACGGCGGCCAAUCUCGUUCACCUCAAGUCGGACCAGAUUGUGGGACAGUGGCGAGAUUCUACGUACGGACUCGGAGGAGGUCGGAUUCCCUUCGACGUUAACACCGCUCUGGUCCCCGCGGCUCUGCGAGCCAUAGGCCAACUGGCACGUACAACGGGCGUCUUCCCGAACAAUUCGAGCGUGAACACUACCUCGUGGCGCACACUGGCCGACUCGCGGGCCCAGCUCUGGGAAGAAAACACGCUCCAGUUCUUCGAGACCAACAUCACGGCCUCGACCGCGCGUUCUCGCCUCGGACAGUUCGUGGACACGGCUACAUUCUACAACGGGCCGACCAACGCCUCGUCGCUCCCGUCGUCGGGCAACGUCACGACGUACUCGAUCGCCCUGGACGGGUACAACAAUCUGUCGUCCGUCAACGUCCAGCACAGCGACAGCAGCUUCCGCGUGUUCUUCGUCAACGCCUCGUCGUCCACGCCCGAGGCCGAAGCGCAGGAGACACGCUUCAUCAACGCCACGGCGAACAGCCUGCUCCGACCGUUCCCGGCGGGCCUGAUGACGCCGCAGAGCAUGGUCGUGGCGAACCCUGCGCUCUCGGGCUCGGACGUGCUGGUCGCCAACUUCACCAACGCCGCCUACCACGGGUGCGUCAUCUGGUCCUUCCAGCUCUCCAUGAUGGCCAAGGGUCUGGAGCGACAGCUUGCGAGGUGCAACACCACCACUACCAGCACCACCGACGGGGCGAAUUCGACUUCCACGGCCCCAGCCUGGUGCGGCAUCUCCUCGGUGUACAAUAACGUAAUCCGUGCGUACAACGUGUUGUGGGACAGCAUCGAAGCAAAUUCCGCCCAGCUACAGGGCGAGGUGUGGAGCUGGACCUUCAACAAUAGCACGGGCGGCUUCGUCACCACGCCCUUGGGCGUGUUGCCGCCGCCACCAGGAGUCGGUGCCGGGACGGAAAGCGAUAUCCGGCAACUCUGGAGUUUGACGUUUUUGGCCGUCAAGAGGAAUGAGAAUUUGCGAUGA